AUGUCACUUUACGGAGUUGGAUUAAAUACUAAUUUACAAAGAAUAAAUAUAGAAUUCCGUUUAUAUUUAUCAAAAUACAAUGGAAAAUUAAACAUAAGAAAUUUAAUAAGAUUAUUUUAAUAAUUAGAUGUUCAUAAUGUUCAUAGACUUAACUUAGAAUUAAUCCAAAAAGGCUUAAAUUAAUUCGGAUUUUUCCUUCCAAAGGUGGAUUAUUAAUGCUUACUAAAAUAUUAUGAUAGAAAUAAUGAGGGAUUAAUAAAUUAUUAUGAAUUAGUAGAUGGAAUAAGAGAAAGAAUAAAUGAAAGAAGAUUAAGUUUAAUCGAACAAUUAUUUGAUUAUGUAGAUUCAGAAAAAUCAGGAGCGAUAUGUCCUAAAAAAUUAGGUGAAAAAUUAGAUGUUUCAAAAAACAAAGAUUUUUAAUUGGAAAAAAAAACUAGGGAUUAAAUUGUUUAUGAAUUUUUAAGUUGUUUUAAUUUAAAUGAAAACGGAUUAAUAACAAAAUAAGAAUUCAUCUCCUUUUAUGAAGAUUUAAGUCAAGGAAUUACUUCUGAUUAAUACUUUUUGACACUUCUAGAAUAAAACUGGGGGCUUUUUGAAAAAGAUGAAUAAGAAAUUUCAAAAGAAGAAGUCAAAAGUCUUGUUAAAGCUUUAAGAUUUAAACUUAUUUAAAUGACUUAAGGUACUAACGACGAAUUCUUAUUAAGAAAACUAUUUAAGGAAUUCGACAAUAAUAAAAGUGGUUAUCUAACAUUAGAAGAUCUUCAAGCUAUGCUCAUUAAAUUGGAAAUUCCAAUCUAAAAAAGAUACUUAUAAGCUUUGCUUUAGAAGUUUGAUGUAAAUAAAUCUGGAUUUAUUGAAUUCGAAGAAUUUGUAGUUUACUUAGUUAAUGAUCCUUAUCCAUGA